CCAACAUGAAAUCACACGCUGUAAUGUAAUAUGUCUCGUACAGGUGUUUUUGCCUGCUGGACUGUGAGAGAUGUUGGACAUUAACCCUCAGGUGUUACAGGGAUAUCACGUUCUGACAGAAACUCUUCAUAAGUAAAGAGAGAACCAUCCCUGUUCAAUAACUGAUCUACCAACAUAUUAAUUUGAAACCAAGACUCCGCGAAGAGAGAGAAAUGUCAUUGUCUGCGCCAAGGAGCUUGAGUUUCCGGUGUCGUUUGUCAGCAUUAAGGAAAACCGUCGGCCCGAUGUUCGUGAAGCGUGGGCCGAGGAAGAACCGUCCGGUUUCAGGGCGGAUUCACAAAGGAUUUCAUUUUCGUUAACAUUGCGAGCUGAGGUGCGGCUUCAGCUGGGUACAACCAUGUUUCUGGAAAUGCAUCCAGACAGCGGCUGCGCUCGCAGGUUUGCACUUCAUGGAAGACCGGACUCUCGGCCUUGGCGGAGGUCUGCGCUCUGAGUGCCCUUCCAGUUCCAUGCAAAAUAGUUUUGAGGUGAAAUAUUGUUUGUAGAUGAGACGAGAAAGCCUGGUGACGAAAAUCAGACAUUUCUCAGGGAUUUUAUCAAUAUCGUGGUUACGAACAAGAAAAAAGUUUAAGUCGCCCAGUUUAGAUAAUGAUGGAGAGGUGUAAUAUUCCCAAUGGACGGUUUCUGGAAAAUUGCUUCAGCCAAUUUAUCUUAAGUGUUAUUUAAUGUAUAAAAAUCCAAGAAAUGAAGUGCACCAUUUUCAUGAGUCAGGAGAACUGGGUGCUAUUUUUCCAUGAAACUGAAGAGCCUUUAGUCUCUUUGAGUAGUUUGUUAUCAAGAUGCAGAGUGUUUGUCUCAAACAAGCUGCUUGUGCAGGUGAUGUAAGUACCCAAGAUCCACUUACUGGCUUGAAAUAAGACUAAACUUUUUUUCUUUUAAAAGCACCUUUAGCAAAUCUCCAUCCUCUGACGAAGACCGUGUUAUAUGGUCGAAAGCCCCAGAACAUGCUAGUACUGUUCUGCCCCCAUAUUUUGUGUUGCAUUAGAGACACCUAGUGGUGUAAAGUUUCAUUGAAUGUGUUCUUAUAUUUAUCCCUCGCAAAAACAGAAGGCUUACAGAGUGGUGAGGCAGUCAAUGGUCGAAACCAGGAGAGCAGUCCAAACAGGCAAACAAAUCCGAUAUGGAGUCGGCAAAACCCGAAGGUCCAUCAAACGAGAAACGAGUCCAAGAAACACUAGAAAAGGGCUGCAACGCUUGACUCAAGGACAACGACAAACUGGCAAAGAAUAAAGGAAGAACAGACUCACUCAGGUGAGGGGAGAAAAGGAGACAGGUGAGACUAAUCAGGGCGGGGCAAACAAUCAAAACUGUCAGAAAAAGCAAAUAUAGACAGGAAGUAAAACUACACAAGACACAUGAGGCAGGACACAAUAAAACAGGAAAUAACUAAACCCCCAAAACCACGACACUAAUUAGUCCUGAGAGCCUCACGGUAAUGGCUACUCAUUGUUUCUUAUGUGAUGGCUGCAUGCUAAAUUUGAGUUGUGUAUUCAUGUGCACUAUAUGUAAGGCAGUGAGUUACGUUUGCCAGCAGAUGGCGUUCUUGUGUUAUUUUAUGUUUUCUGUUUUUUGCUUUUCCUGUUCCGUAGCGUUGAUCCAUGAAUGCAUUAUAAGUACUUAUUAUACAGCCGUGUGUUGAUCCCAUAGACGCUCGGCCACAUCCUGUUAGUUCCCGUGCGGUUAUUUCCAAAGGCUUCAGACAUUUGAUAGACUAUUUUCGUGCACACUCGACAGAAUGAACGUGCCGUGGUGUGCCAGAGAGAACGGCAGCCUACCCGUUGAUUUGGUUGACUUUUUAUUCUUUAUUCGGAUCCCCGUUAGCUUCCGGCGCUCACUAGGCUCCACACAAAAACAAUAAAAAAAGACAAUUUAAAAUCACACAGUAUCAGUAAGACUGCAAUAUAAGCCAGAUAUAAAUAAGACUACACAUGAAACAAUAAGAAGCACAAACACACAGCACCAAGAAAUAAAUAAGAAGAACAAAAAGGUUCCAGAGCAGAAAUAAUAAAAUAACAUCUAUGAGAUUCAGCACUUUUUGUUUUAGUGACUUUCAGGAAGCGAGUGUGUGUUUGAAGUGUCGGAUGUCGGGGAGCAAAGUCCAGGCAGAGGAGGCUCAGUAAGGACCAGGCGUCAAACCGGAUGCAGUUUGCAUGAAUGACACAAGACUAGACUGGAAUUACUUGACUUAAUUGCCUGUGUUUCAGUUUCAGGGACUGUGGGGGGGGGAAACCACGGACCAAUCAGAGUCCUGGGCCGCGUCUUGUCCGUACGCCUCGGCUGCAGCUUCUCACUGCUGUGGAUAAGCUUAUCUUUUAGAUUUAACUCCAGUAUCUGAGAGCUGUUGGUUGGAUGCUGACGAGUGUUUCCGUCGGAGUAAGGCGAGGGCGCCCCCCCCCCCCCCUCCAUUAAGAGCCCCUCCCCAGAGUGCACUGCGUCACGGAGGGGAGGGCGUGAAAACCACACACACACACACUCUUCUCAGUCCAGCUUCUCAUUAACACUCGUGACUCAACAUCGACCAAUCAGACUGAAGAGGAAAUCUGUCGACCAACCACAGGCUGCGGUCUCUGCUCUGAGGCCACGCCCACAGGGUCUAUAUAAAGACCUGUCAAAAUCCAGGACCUGAACCAGGACCUGUCAGUACGUGUAGUCCAGAGCUCCCCCUGUGCUGAGUCCUGAUGGUGGUGGAGGUGAAAGGUGGCGUGGAGGUGAUGGAGGGAAGCCAGCAGAGAGUGGAGGCGAACGUCCUGCUGCUGGGAGCGCACAGCGUCGGGAAGUCUGCUCUCACUGUCAGAUUUCUGACCAGGAGGUUUAUCGGAGAGUACGGAGAUAUCGACUCGGUUUACAGUCGAGUCGACCGGAUCGACGGUCAGAACAUCUGCUUCAACAUCUGGGACUCUGUGUACACACAGGACGGGGAGAAGAGUCCGUCCGUCAGCGACAAACAGCUGCAGUGGGCUGACGGGAUGAUCCUGGUCUACAGUAUCUGCGACCGCCGCAGCUUCGACGUGGUCUGCCAGCAGCUGCGGCAGAUCCGUCGCAACAGGAAGCCGUCAUCCGUCCCCGUCGUCAUCGUGGCGAACAAACGGGACCUUUGGCGUCACCGCAGCGUCUCCAGCGAGGAGGGACGGCUGCUCGCUCUGUCCCAACGCUGCGGCUUCUUUGAGGUGUCGGCGGCCGAGACGUACCACGGCGUCCUGCUGGUGUUUCACCGGCUGGUCGACCUCGUCAGAGAGAGCCGAGCGCUGAGGAAGAGCUCGGCCGGCGUCCGAGGGAUCGUCCGGAGCGUGUCGGCCGUGUUCGGGAAGAAACGAGCCGAGUAGAUGAGAAGGAAAGAACUCACUGAAGAGUUUUCACUGCGUCUGAUGUCAGUGACAUCAGAGCGACGACUUCCUGUCUGUCGCUUCAUGAGGAAAUGGCGAGGUCAGAGGUCAGGUGUCGAAGGUGAAGUUUGUAAAAUAAAAGUAAACGAAGUGUUUUGUUUUUGAGCGACGAGAGGCGGCUGCAGCUAGCGCCAUGGCAACGACUGAAAUAUCUGAAAUGUGGUUCAGACAUUCAUGUGACUGUUCUGUGUUUGCUGCUAAUCAGCUAAUGUUAGCAUGCUAACACGCUAAACUAAGAUGGUGAACACGGGGAAUAUUAUACCCGCUAAACAUCAGCAUGUUAGCAAAGAAAUGUCCUCACUUUCCGCGGCCGGUCACAACAACUACUGGACAAGUUGUCGGCUAAUGAUUUCAGUCCUGCUCCUCAGAGGACGAACCCUUUACAUUGUGAUGAACCCUGCAGCCUCUAGCGGACGCUAACGGGACUUUCGUCUGUCUUGCUUUCAUUAACUGGUGUCACUGGAGGCUUCUGCUGUUUUUAACAAAAAAAACUGUAUUUAUUGAUUUUUCAGUUUGUUUAACGAUCAGUUUAUUGGAGCUGGAGACUUUUUGAGUGAAAUGUUUUCGUAAAUAAAUAUUUAUACAUGCAGAUGUUGUGCGAUGCAAACAGAUGUGUGAUACUUCAGCAGAACUGCAUGUUGAAUAGAAACUCGUGGAAAAUCGUGGCUGUUUUGUUUUUACUCAGAUUUUUGUGAACUCAUUUUUCUAAAUAAAUCCUUUAUGAACAACAAAGUGAA